AUGACUGUAUCAGUAGAAUCUAUCUUAUGCCUUGCUGUUGUGGCACUUUUAUGGGGUGUUACCAAUCCUUUCAUAAAGAAAGGAGCCCAAGGUUUAGAAAAUGUGAAAGCGUCUUCCAAAUUUGGUCAAUUUUAUAAAGAACUCACAUUUCUUCUCACAAAUUUAAAGUACAUUAUACCAUUUAUCAUCAAUCAAGGUGGUUCUGUCAUAUACUUUGUAAUGCUUGGUGGUACAGAUAUAUCAUUAGCUGUACCAGUCACUAAUUCCCUUACCUUUGUGGUAACUGCAAUCACCGGUUGGAUGCUGGGUGAAGAAAAGAUACAUAGAAGUACAUAUAUUGGAAUGACACUUGUAUUGAGUGGAACAAUUCUUUGUUGCUGGGAUAAAUUAGAUGAAGCUAUAUAAUUUUAAUUUCAUUCAGUAGUUUAAUGAUUAUAAUAAAGUGACAUAUGUGUUAGCUCAUUACUAGUAUUUUAAUAGAUUUGCCUUAUCACUUCCCAGACUAGUCUUUAUUUAAGUCAACAGUGGUACUGGUG